AUGGACGAUGUGCUGAGAGAUGACCAGAACAACACUCACCUCUCGCACGAAGCGGAAACCUUGGCGGGACAAGGAGCCGUCUGCGCAGGGUGCAAUUUCUCCCGAAACACUCUUGACGGGGACACAAAUGAUGCAACUUCUUGGAUCAGUUGUGAUGGGUGUAAACGAUGGUUCCAUUUUGCCUGUGCCGGAUUCAAGAAUGAAAGGGAAGUCCGCAGCGUCGAUAAGUUCAACUGUCGGGAAUGUAGGCCCACUUGCGGUCCAACCACUUUUGUGCGAAAGUCUUCUAGGGCGCACACUGCGAUUGACUACGCAGAGCUCAAUGAAGGAAUCAUAAGGGUGACAGAUGAGAGCCCGGAGCACCACUACAUCAAGCCCAUCAAGGAGGGUACAAUCAAGUUUUUACCUGAUAAUUUCCUAAGGAUGCCGCCAGAGCUUGUCACAGCCGAUUUCUUCGAGAAAGGAAAUGGGAUGAAGGAGCCUGUGGUAAUACCCGCACAUUUGAAUCCCCGACCUCAAGUUUGGGCCUCAGCCGAAGACGUGAAGCGCUACCCUGAGCAACCUCAAGAGCCAGCAAUUGAAAAUGGGGAUGAUGGAUCUUCGGAUAUUCUGUACGACGAAGUCCCUGACGUAGGUCAAGAUGCUCUUGAUAUGGUGAUCCCACAAAAUCUGUCGGUACAGGACGUUGCCGAGCUCUACGGUCCUGAAGAGAAGGUUGAAGUUAUCGACGUGAAGUCUCAGGAAGGAGAGGGAAAGAACUGGAAUAUGCGACGAUGGGCCGAUUACUACGAGAGCAAGGGAGAUAAGGUAAUCCGGAACGUGAUUAGCCUGGAAGUCUCAUCAAGUAAGUUGGGGAGGCUCAUCAGGCGCCCAAAGGUCGUACGGGAUCUGGAUCUUCAAGAUUCAGUCUGGCCCGCAGAAGGCAAGGCCAAGGGUGACUUCCCCAAGGUCCAAUUUUACUGCCUAAUGUCUGUUGCGGACUGCUUCACAGAUUUUCAUAUUGAUUUCGGAGGAUCUUCCGUCUUCUAUCACGUUCUCAAAGGCAAGAAGACGUUCUUUUUCAUAUCGCCAAAGCAGAAAAACCUGAAGAAGUACGAGGAGUGGUGUAUGUCUCCUGCUCAGAACUGGACAUUUUUGCCAGACCAGACAAAGGAAUGCUAUCGAGUGGACUUGUCAGAAGGCGACACAAUGCUUAUCCCGUCUGGUUGGAUCCACGCGGUCUGGACACCGGAGAACAGCUUGGUCAUUGGUGGAAAUUUUCUCACAAGACUGAAUUACGGUAUGCAAAUCCGUAUUGCAGAAGUUGAAAAGGCCACCAAGGUCGCUCGCAAGUUCCGCUAUCCGCACUUUCAGAAAGUUCUCUGGUACACCGCAAUCAAGUAUCUUGAAGAUGAUCCGCUCCCCGAGAGUGUUAUCAAUGACUUCUAUAGCGGACGGAAGUUUUCUCGGGAAACGCCUACUUACUACGAUUUCAACAAGUGGGGAGAUAAUUCAACUCCAGGAGCAGAAAAUUAUCAUAGUCGAUACUAUUCGCAGUACGAGCUCGAAGGACUUCCGGACCUCGCGCGCUAUUUACUUAGGACUGCUCUUAUUUCGAUGGGCAACAUUACCGAUGGCAUUACUGUCGAUACUAGGAAUGCAGUCACCCGCUCGAUACCAAAAGGGCAUGGUGAGCCCCUUCAGAUUGUGAAAAAUUUCGCAAUGUGGUCUGCCUGGAAACGUGGCAAUGAGCAUAUCCCCCACUGGGCGUAUCCCGAUGUUGUUCCCGCGGAAGCUCUUCCAAAGUCACAGGGAAAGAAGCUUAGCGCAGCUGCCAUCAAAAAGCUCGAACGGCAAGCGGCAAUGGAAGCCUACCGAGCUGCACCUGAGCGCCAAUCAGUAAGACAACAAUCCCAGGCUGAAGCCGCUGCUUUGAAGAGAGCCGAUGGUAGUCCGACCAAGGUGGAGCCCGUCUGGGGCGAAGAUCGAAAGCGCAAGGCCUCUACAAGCAGUACAGCCAACGGCGUCAUGGACGGGCAUACGCCGAAACGUCCCAAGAAAGCUUUAAGUACACCGAAGACGUCCGUGCUGGGGCCACGUAGAGUAGCGUGUGAUGCGUGUCGUAGACGACGCAUCCGCUGUAAGCACAAGGACGAUCUCUUGUCUGGGUCAGCCACUAGCCACCAUGGUGCACCUUCGGUUUUUGUGCCUGUUACCGGCUAUCCCACCUUUUCAAGGGAUCUAAAUAGCGAUUUCGGGCCGGAUUACAGUGUACAGAAUGGCGAAGUUCCCUCAUUUGUCACGAACUCGUCCCGCCUUCCUACCGAAGCAAUUCAAGCGACGAAUGUUGCAUCAGGCGAUCAAGCACCUAUGCAAACACCGGACGCUAGGAAGAUUAGAAACAAAGCGUGCAGUAAUUGCCGUAAAAGCAAACGGCGAUGCAUUCAUGACGAGUACGGCAAUGUAGAUCCCAUCAAGGUUCAGGAAGCGUCUAUGAGUCGAACUUCUGGUGCGUCUGCGAAACGCCGCGCUAAGGUAGACGAGCAGGAUCCUCGUGCACCGAAGAAGGUGAAGAGGGAA